AACCUUUAAUUUCUAAUGGACGAGCAAAAUAAGUGGUUUCUUGAGCUAGAAUCUGUUCUUGGUGAAGAUGCUGUGAAGAUUGUUGAAAUGACAACAAAGGAUUUAGAAUAUGACACAGACUUAGUUGAUAAAGCAGCGGCAGGGUUUGAGAGGAUUAACUCCAAUUUUGAAAGAAGUUCUACUGUGGGUAAAAUGCUAGCAAACAGCACUGUGUGCUACAGAGAAAUUGUUCGUGAAAGGAAGGUUCUGUCAACAUGGCAGACUCCACUGUUGUCUUGUUGUAAGAAAUCACCGCAACCCCCCCCCCCCCCGAUCGGUCAGCAGCCGUUAGGUCGGGGCAAGACCCUCUGCCAGCAGAAAGAUUACAACUCGCUGAAAGCUCGGAUGAUGCGGCCCACCCCCAUCACUCGUACGUCCAGACGUACACACGCACACAUGUUUACCAUCUGACCAAGAUUCCAAGCCAAGGCCCGAGAUGGAAAGUGAAUUUUUUCAUUCACGUGGAGGGAGCCGUGAGUGCCGCCAACUUCUGCUGACAUUGGGAUCCUUGUGGGCAGAGAGUGGACCGGGGAUCAUCGCAGCCACGGGCGGUGAUUUCCCCACUGGUGCUUCAGGCCGCAGCCCGGCCGGCUGACCUUUUCUGGCUUUGUUUUCUUAAAGAGUCGUAUCGGGACUUCUAAUUUGAAAGCAUAAUCCCAAAGCCACUCGGCAUCUGCCUGCAAAAAGCCUGUGUGUGCUGAAGCACUCCCCUCCUGAUAACUGAACGCGGGGCCUGCUUUCACUCCUCCAGGCAGACUUCACUACGGCCAUCUUCUUCAGUGCGCUUAACACAGGCCCCAGCCGUUCGCACGUCACAGACCAGGAAACGUCCAGCCCUUGGAAAAUGGAAGUCGUAAUUGUAGUGUCCGAGUGUUCACUUGGACCGGAGUCGGACACCCUUGUCAAUUCAAGUUAAGACUCUGCCCCUGGGACAGCGUCAGGCCAAGGCUUGUGCGGCUCAUCACGCAAGUGAUCCUGGCCCAGUGGUUCUGAGCGAACAUCCGCGUGUACAUGAGGCAACGCUGGGGGACACUUGUCCUCAUUGUACAUUUGAACAUCCCUCGGGACAGGAAAUGAUUCUCGUUUUUGAGUUACCCUGACAAAUUAAGUGGAUUGAGGGACUCUUUUGGGGUUGGUUUUUGUUUUUUACUUUAACGCAUGAAGUCCCAUAGCAGUACUUAAUAAUCUUGAGGACUUUAAUCCUCAUAGCUAAUUUCCUAUCUGCUCGCGUUUACGACAAGUUUGUAAACCCUUCACUGAGAGAUGAGCAAAUUUCUUAUUUCUAAAAUUGAGAAUAUAUAGUUUUUAGGAACAUUGA